UUGCGCAUAACAACUCGUGCUAGGGUUUAGGUUUCUCCUUCACAAAAAUUACCAUCAGUCAGCGCAGCCCCAAUCCAAGAAAUCGAAAAUGGUGAAGGGACGCCAAGGAGAACGCGUCAGACUCUACGUUAGGGGAACUGUUCUUGGAUACAAAAGGUCGAAGUCGAACCAGUACCCAAACACAUCGUUGGUUCAGAUCGAAGGAGUGAACACUAAGGAAGAAGUGGACUGGUACCUUGGGAAGCGAUUGGGGUACAUUUACAAGGCUAAGACAAAGAAGAAUAACUCACACUAUCGUUGUAUUUGGGGUAAAGUUUGUAGGCCCCAUGGUAACAGCGGUGUUGUUAGAGCUAAGUUCACCUCCAAUUUGCCUCCUAAGUCCAUGGGAGCUAAGGUUAGGGUCUUCAUGUACCCAAGCAACAUUUAAGUGGAGCAUUUAGAGGUCAUGGAUCUGGAUUUGACAUCGUUGGUUGCUUUGGAUGGCCAUAGUUUGCCGCAUCAAUGUUUUCAAUGAUGAUGAAUCUUCAUCCUUAAAAGUAGUUAGAGUUAAGUUUUGUAAUGUGCUUUGUGGAGUUUCUCAUCUUAUCUUUUUGUUUUCAUCAAUUCCGGUUAAUACCAAGGGUUAAACAUCUGAUUAGAUGUGGCUAAUUUUGCUCAUGAAGCAGUGCGACUUUUUUGUAUGACUA